GAUCGGACGUUGAAUUAAAGGCAUAGUUGCAAGUCAAACGUUCCACUGAUGAACUGCUCAAGAGGAGCUUUUAUUGCGAAAGUCCUGACAAGAGGUUGUACUUGUAACUCACGCAAACUUCACUACGUGUCCGACUUUACGCGUUUCAGGCGGAGUUCAGAUCUUAAAACAUUUGACCAACUUCUUCAACCUCUGCAUUUCUUCUUCACGUAUGUGAAGUGCGUUAGCCUCCCCUCUCUCCUGCCACGAAGGACUAACGAACCGUGGAAUAUCAACUAUUUACGGCGCCCUUAAAAAUUUCGGUCUUACUUCAUAUCGCACUUUUUUCAUAGGAGACGCGCUCCCAGGACCGGAGAGAUUUCUGGUUUGUAACUACUUUCCUUUGAUUUUAGAGGGCACGUGCGAUGUGAUGACCAUUAAAAGAAGACAGAUAUGUUUGUGAUUAAUUUUGUGGUCGCCAUGCGAAGGUGUUUUUUGGCUUUAUUUUUUUAAAACCAGUUGAGCAACUGGCGACGGGACUCUAUAAUCAAUGUGGUGUCAGCUGGAAGGACGCGGGGUCCGGAUCUCACCUAAACGCUGAUACGUCUUGGGAGUGAUGCACUGGCUUCCCCUGGUUGCCAUGGUGAUUGCCUCGGCCCUGCCCUUCCCUCAAAACCCCGUGUCCAGGAUUGCUGCCGCGACGACGGAGCCUGGCUUUGACAUCCGCACAGAGGACCGUCACGAGCCGGCAGCUCGUUUCACAGCUCCCAAUGCAAACAACAACCCCCACAAAGGUGCCUCAGAAACAGACAACAGCAUGGCUGCUGCUCUCAGCCAGCACACCGGCAGACAGAACCUCCAGAACCGCCAGGAUUAUAUGAAAUCCUCCACGCAUGAAGACACGAACACGUUCAAAGUGGAAAACCAGUCCAACAGAAACUCAGGCAGUGAGCGGGAUGUUUCCUCAGAAGGACGGACAUCCAGGACCGAGGGUAUUUUCAAGGACAGGUUUGCAUCAAAGGGUGACAAAGCUGACACCAGGCAAGACUUUGUGGACUUUUUGAGGAAUGAGAGUUUUCAGAACUUUAGAGACAGACCGUUGCAAUUUUCUGCAGCAGACACACGUAACGCUGUAAGUCCUGCUACACUUAAGGGUCAGCUGAGAGAUACAACCAGAGACAGGACGGGGGCUGAGGAGUCACCGGGGGGCGGUACGGGUCCAGCCGAGGCAGGCUUGACCCUGGAAGCAGGACUGGCCUUGAGAAAUGGGCUGGAUGGCGUCCUGGAAGGAGACGAGAUGUUCCUGGACGCACAUCCGCGAGUCCUGUUCUCCCCCUCCCCGUCCCCUCCAGAGCACCCUCCUCUGCUGCUCAUGCUGGAGUCGGGCAUGCUGGAGGACAGGGAGCAGCAGGAGGACAUGGAUGGACACAUCGAGGGUCACGGGGACCGGGCCAUUGAUAGGAUCACACCUGCCACAUUCACCAGUGAGGCCGGCCAUCCGGUAAAAAGGGACAAACGCUCGCACCCGAUCGACAGAAGGAGAGGGGAAAGGUCUGUGUGUGAGUCGGAAAGUGUUUGGGUAACCGACAAAAAGUCGGCCAUUGACUCCCACGGCCAGCAGGUCACCAUCUUGCAGGAGAUCCAAACCCAGACAGGGCCCCUCAAACAGUACUUCUACGAAACCCGCUGCCGCCCGGCCGAGCAGCAGAACAACGGCAGCAGGUCGCGGAGUCCCGGGGCGGCGGCCAAACCCCAGGGGACAGGCGUCGCCGGGUCCGUCUGCUUGGGCGUGGACAAAAAACAGUGGCUGAGCGAGUGCAAAGCCAAGCAGUCGUACGUGCGAGCGCUCACCAAAGACGCGUACAACAGAACCGGGUGGAGGUGGAUCCGCAUCGACUCGUCCUGUGUCUGCGUGCUGCUGUCCAGAGCCAACCAGACUCCGGGGAGGGAGACCUUAACGAGGAAGGGGCGGGGCUGAGGGGGAGGGGGGCCGAGGUAGACAGUGUGACGUCCUUCCGUCUGUGUGCACCUUUAAAUGCUGGUUUCCCCUCAAAAGAAGGAAGUCAUUCCUGCUUUCCUCUACUUCGGUUCUCUCUCUUCUCUGAUACGUCCCUCCAACACAGCUUCAAGUGACUUUUGCAAAAACAAGAAGACCUCAAAAUGAAAUCUUAGGGAAUUGUCAUAUAGAGAGAUUUUACACUAAAAAGUACUGUUUUGUAUGAUUUAUCUUUCAUAAUCUAAGUUAUUUUUGAUUAGUAUGUAAGCAUGUGUAUGUCUUUGAUAAUAAUAUAUACAUCCUUUAUAUAUGUGUACAAUAUGACACCAGUAUAUCUUUAUGUACGAAGCUAUGUAUAUCUGUGUGUAUUUAUAGAAGACGUCUUCAUGGAGUGCUAGGUCUCUCCAGUGUCUGAUGAUAAUUCCAGCCUCUGGUCUGCUCAGGUUGCGAGAGGAAAGAGCGCCACCUACCGAGGCUCCGUUUUGCUGCUCCGCUCGGUGCCUUCGCAGUCCGAUGCAGAGAGUUCAUGUGAUCCGCGAGCACCAGCUUGGACACAGUUCAGCAUUAUUUCGCUGAGGCAGGUUAUAGUGGCGUGAUGGCAGGAGCCUUAUCUGCCUGAGUCACGGAUGGAAAAACCACUCGGGUCUGUGUAACUUUACCAUCUGCUGGUUUGUUCCGUUUGUCUGCCAACUGUGGUAAUAAAGGAUCUUUGUACUCGG